ACUUUGGUUGCCAUAGUAGCAGCUUCCUUAGCAACAUGUGGUGUCUAUUGUGACAUUCAGUAAGCUUUUAGUUUCCCAGGAUUCCUUUGGGUCUGUACUUAGAGAGAAUGGACUCGGAGCCUGAAUUAAAGUCAUCCCAUUUGGAUAGGAUUUCAUUUCUAGCUCAACCAAAGACAUCCAAGACAGUUUGGGCCACAACACCUUGGAUACUGACAUGGGGAAACCAGGAAUCGAUACGCCCGCUGUCUCGCUCAGCACUGCAAGCCGUUCCAAGCCCCAGAAUAAAGGCUCUAGCCCAGCCUAAAAAAGACUUCUCUUUCCAGAUUCAGCUCAGGAAAGAGGAAGAGGAGGAGGAGAGGAGAAGGAUGAAGAUCUUCCACCUUUCCUCUCAUGCAGUGCAGUACGAGAACAUUGUCCGGCUAGCGACUCCCAAAACUCGAGGAAGAAGCACCCAGGAAGUGAAUUCACCACACUCAUUCUUCUGUGAGCAUGACUGUCCCAUCUGGCAUUUGAGUCCCAGCGUAAGGAACGUGGUCAUCUCACCUCGAGUCCUCCAGCUGGCCAACCCCAAAACCAAUCACCCCAACUUCACCAGCAACAGACAGAAUGUGCAGACAUUCAUCUCAUAUGCAGCUCAAACAGCCAAGAUGACAUCCAGACUCGAGCAGCUAUCACUGCCCAAACUAAGAAAGAACAGACACUUCUAUGACCCCGGACGACCGGAGAGUCCAAUCCGAACUGUGUCUAGAGGAGCGAGAAACGCCACAGCGAGUGCUCGGCUCCAAGCUUUAUCCACUCCUAAAGCACUCUCUAAAGAUUACAUCCCACCCAGGGAACCGAUAUGGCAGCCCUGAGGAAACAAGACAGACCACAAAGCUGUGGUUUCCAGCACAUUCAUCAUUUGCAGUUAUUGUAUUCUGUCACUUUCUUUUCCCAUCAGGAGCUUGUUGAUUGGUUGAGCUCUGUUUGCUUUUGCUCUGGUUUUCUAAUCAUGGUCUCAGAUUUUGUCUCUGGACUACUUUUGACUGAAAUUUAAGUACUACAUUAUUCUUAGCCUGCUGCCAAACCCGCCUGGCUCCUUAAACAGGACUGUGUUUUACGCCUAUAGUGUUUCCAGAUUGUCUCUUUUUUCGAUUUCUGUCUAGCUGCUGCUUUUAGUGAGAAAUAUCUAUGA